AUGGAAUUAUUAGUAAUAGAAAGUCUCAAUUCCGAAGCUUGUGACUAAUACUGCUAAUUGAAUUAAAAUACUUAUAAUUCUGGACUAACCUAAUCUAAAAAUUCUUAUACAAUGAUUGCACUUUUGGAUAUUUUUUCGUUAAAUUAUUUAAUGAUAAGCUUGUAAAUUGUCAUGUGUGAUAUGGUUAUUCCCAAAGAAUCUUUAAUAGAAACUUAAUGUGAAAUUAUAGUUAAGGAGAAGGAAGGAGAAUUAUAGAUGUGCUAAGAGUAAAAUGAGAAGAAUGAGGAAAUGUUGAAAUAAUUAUAAUAAACUUUGGUAUAAGUAAAUGCUUUAUUAGAAGUAGGUUUAGUAAUUCUCUUAAUCACUGACAUUCUCAACAAUUUAUAAGAAUAGUAAUUGUUCAGUUACUUAAAAUGGAAAACUUAUUGAAACAAGUUAAAGUGGUUGGUAAUGUUGUAUGUGUGAUUAAAUGAUCCCUAAGAAUGGUCUGAUCUAAUUUGCUAUUAAAAUUAUUGAAUUAUCUAGCAUUAUGAUAGGAAUUGGUUUUAGGGAUAUUGUGUAGAGUAGGAAUUAUGGUGUUUGUCAUAAUAUUGGAUAUGGGUAUAUUUAUAAUAUUAAUAGAAUCAAAAUAGAACAUAUAAUAUACAAUUUUAAGGUUAAUGUUAUAAUCAUGAUUAAUAAGAUAAACAUUAAAAAUAAAUAGCAUUUCCAUUUUCAACAAAUGAUAUUAUAAUUGUUGAAGUGGAUAUUCAAAAGAAGUACGUGAAAUGGACAAAGUAAUCCACAAAUCAAUCAUUUGUAUCAAUUUCUAUUUAUUAUUAUUAGACUCUCAAUAUUGAUACAUCCAAAGAUUUGUAUCCAUGUGUACAUUUCUGUGGUAAAUGUAAAGUAGAGAUAUUAAAUUAAGUAUUUAAAUGA